UCAUGUAGCCGCGCGGCCCCAGCGUUGUGAGCGCGCGCCAGAGAGGAGCCGAACUGAAACAGCGUGAAUUUACAGCAAAUCAGCAGAGAAAGGCGUGAUUUACAGCACGGCUUCGAGUCGCUCCCCGUUCUACAACACUCCUGCAUUCCUCGAGGCGUUGUGUUGGCGAAGAGGUUUUUUUUUUUUUUUUUCCUCUUUCCCCCUCCCCUCCACCCCGUGUGUAAAGAAAGUGUCUGUUAGUGACAGUGUGUUCCAGGUUCUAGCGCUAUGCUGUAGCUAGCGCGUUCUCGAACCCAGUUUACCAUGUUGUGUCCACUAAAGUACGUUCGUCUGGACUGCGUGUUCAACAAGGGUCUCGGCUAGCGAGCUCCUGCUGGACCCCAGCAAUGAUCAGCUGAUCUGUUGGACUACCCAGGAUGGGGAGUUCAAGCUCCUGCAGGCUGAGGAGGUGGCCAAGCUCUGGGGCGCUCGCAAGAACAAACCCAGCAUGAACUACGACAAGCUGAGCCGCGCUCUGCGCUACUACUACGACAAGAACAUCAUAAAGAAGGUGAAUGGGCAGAAGUUUGUGUAUCGCUUCGUGUCCUACCCUGAUAUCCUUAACGGGGAUGCAGUGGCCAAGGCAGAUGGGCUUGCUGGUGGAACACUGCUCUCUUCUGACAAGGGUGCUCUUCCUAAGGAGAAAGAGAGUGGUCCAGGGGGUGAGAAGGGCAACGCGGCAGGUCCCAGCUCUAGCAAGCCUUCGAGCCGCAAUGACUACAUCCACUCAGGCCUCUACACGUCCUUUACCCUCACCUCACUCCAAGCUGGCACGCAGCUCUUCAAGUCCAUCAAGGUGGAGAACCCUGGCGAAAAGCUGGCUGACAAGAGGCCCACACAAGACCCAGCGCCUUCUGUCAUUAAAUAUGGGACCAUGACACCGAAGAAACCACCUCCUGUCAAUCUGAGCUUUGUUACGGCAGCCCUCCCUGAGGACAAGUCCCUCCCACAGCCACAGCCCCUUCAAGCCCCACCAUCUGUUGCAGAGGCUGUGGGGAAGACCUCACUUACUUUGGCCUCUUGUGCUUUUGAGGAGCCAUCACUGCCCAGUUUCCCCCUGCCUAGCCUGUCCCCCAACCUCACAUCCCGUUCACCCUCCCCCUGCAGGGCUCCUGACUCCACCCAGGAGCUAGUGAUUGACAGCGAUAUGGAGUCUGCCACCUCCCAGCCGCCUGAGUUGCAGCCGCAGGUGCAGCAGGCCUCUGUGGCCCAGGACACGGUCGAAGAGAAGACGUCCUCGGCCCCCAGCAGUGGGAUCAGCUGCCAUAACGGGAAGUCGAAAAAACCCAAAGGCCUGGAGCUCAGCCCCGCCCUGGUCGUGACGAGCUCCGACCUGAGCCCCUUGAAUCUGUCCAGCCCGUCACUGCCCACCGCGUCCCUGACUCCGGCCUUCUUACAGACGCCUACCCUGCUGUUGACGCCCAGCCCCCUGCUGUCCAAUAUCCACUUUUGGAGCACGCUGAGUCCAGUGGCCCCUCUUAGCCCUGCUCGGAGACAGGGCACCCACACCCUGUUCCAGUUUCCCUCCGUCCUCAAUACACAGUUCCAGCUUCCCAUGCACAGCCAGGACGGCACCAACACACCUGGACCGCUGUCCCCGGAUUCCCAGAAGACAUAAUUCAAGGGGUGGGGACUUGCUAACUUGUGAGCCCAAGUGCACAGCCCUGCAACUUACUUUUUAAUACAUCAGUACUGACCUACAGUCUGGCAGUCCAAGCAGCCCUAGGGACUUGGGUGUGCUUCUUCUUCUCUCUCCGUGAACCCAGAAACAGGCUGCCAUUUUUUUUUG